AUGGCGUCGUUGGCGCAUGAAGCCGGCUGCGCGCACGCCUCGGUUUCGGUUAGCGACUCUGCAGAUACGGCUCAGAAACCGAAGCGCGUCCGGACGAGCAAGCCGAAGGUCAAGACGGGAUGUAAUAACUGCAAGCAAAGGAGAAUCAAAUGCGACGAGAAGAGGCCCGCGUGCGCAAACUGUAUCCGAUCCAAGAAGAUAUGCUCCGGCUACCCGCCGCCGCCUCGGAUCCCCGGGGGACCCUUUAGCGGAGUUAAGAUCGCACCGAAACCGCUCGCUGCAGCGAGUGCGCCACCUCCGGGUCGCGAGGCCAUCCAGCUACCCCCUAGACGGGCGGCGAAAUACCAGCGACGUGCGACGCCCCCUUUGACGCCAGUUACACCGUCAGAGGUGAUGACGAUGGUGCACCAUCCCUCAGUCAGCCUUCCCUUUCGUGGCCAGGAAGCCCAGUACUUCCAUCUGUUCCGUGAGCAAACGGCGAACGAGCUCUCUGGUUUCUUCGACUCGGCUUUCUGGACACGCAGCGUGCUGCAGGAAUGCCAUUCCGCGGCACCCAUCCGCCAUGCUGUUGUUGCUCUGGGCGCACUGUACAAGACACUAGAGAAGUCAAACGAGUCGCCGCCGUCGUCGCCUUUUGGGGAGCGCGAUCCCGCCGAUAGCGCCCCACGACAUUGGGAAAUGGCCGUCCGGCAAUAUUCCCAUGCCUGUAACGCGCUGGUCAAGGAAGCCUCAGCUGAGACGACCUCUCACAGGACAAGGUUGAUGGCAAGCGUCCUGCUGGCGUGUUUUGACUCUUUCGUUGGCGAUCACAAGCAAGCCAUCGUUCAGAUCCAGACCGGGCUGGGCUUGCUCGAGAAGUUACGUAACGAGAGGAGGCGUGCCUUCCACCCCACCCCCGAGGAACCGGUAGAGGAAGAGCUCACGCAGAUGUUUACCCGCCUCGCGAUACAGGCGAAAUCCUAUGACAUGGCUUUCCACUUUCCCCAUCCGUGGGUCGUCCGUCUGACGUCGUCAUCUCAAUCCCAAGACCCCAGCUCUCCCGCCUCCGAUGCUUCUUCUCCCAUCCCCAUCAAGCAGGAACCUAUCCCGGACCGUUUCACAUCCGUCAUGGAAGCCCGGGUGGCGUGGGACAAGCUCUGCGAGCGCAUCUUCCGCUUCACAGAAACCAUGUUUGCCCACGCCAAAAACGGCGUCAUGGGCGUGCUACCCAGCUCGUUGCAGCACUACGGGAUUUCAUUCAAGACGGACAUCGAAGCCUGGUCGCUAGCCUUUGACCCCAUUCUCGCAUCCCGCACAGCGCCGGGGGUAAGCAGCCAGGAGAAGGCCGGCAUCGCCGUCCUCAAAAUGUUCCAGAUCAUGAGCAAGAUUCUCUUCAUGAUGACCUUUAGCGACAGCGAGAUGCACUUUGAUAAGUUCACGCCCCUGUUUCAGGCCAUCGUGGACCUGGCCGUCGAAGUAGUCGGCGACGAGGAACGGCGGGCCGCUGCACGCCGCUGCCCCGAUCCCCGCCUCUGCCGGCAUCAGCAUCGGCACUGGCCGCCAGACAUCUUUGGCGGCCAUGAGUACGCCGCACGCCACAUUAAGCCCAGCUUCAGCGCCGAUUUGGGCAUCGUCCCGCCGCUGUACGUCGUCGCGACCAAGUGCCGAGACCCCCGCAUUCGGAGGCAGGCUAUCCAGCUGCUGCGCAGCAGCGCGAGAAGAGAGGGCAUGUGGGACAGCGAGUUGACGGCAAGGAUUGGGAUGUGGAUCGCCGAGAUUGAGGAGGAGGAUCUGGAGGUCGAUGAGGGCGGCGGCGGUUCCUUCACCAGCGCGAUCCCGACGCCCGGGGCGAGCCCCGUACAGUCCAUGUCUCGGCCAACGACAUCGGCGUCGGGCGGUAGCCCGCAUGCCUCAAACUCGUCCGAGUUUGGAGAUAGCCCGCUCGGGCCAGGGGGUAAUGCCCGCUCCCGCUGGGAUCCGAUUAGGGGGGCAGCGAGCGCUGCUGCUGUCGGUGCUGUCGCUCAUGGCGGUACGCCUGUCCGGUUGCAGCAGCAGCAGCAGCAGCAGCAGCAGCGGAAAGUGAUACCCGAGGACAGAAGGGUUAUGGUCAGGGCGGUCGAGUUUGACUUGCGCGAGCGGUGGGCUGCGAUCCAGCUUGGAUCGAGGAACUUGAAGACAGGCACUCCGGACCUGAAGACGAGAGUCACGAGAAUCACGUGGUGAUUGAACGUGUCCCCGAUUCGCCCACCACCACCACCUCCUCCUCCGCCUCUUCUUCUUCUCUUUUCCUCCUCCUCCUCCUUGGCGUCUUUAUUCUUUCGCUUCUGAUAUACCCGAAUGGUUUUGAGCGUUACGGUUCGAAUGAAUGGGAAAAGGUUUCAUUUCCUCCUUUGGGUAUGGAUUUCGGGCUCUGCAUGGUACGGAGCAAGAGCGACAAAAACAGAAGGGGCACGCUUGAAUUUCCCGCAACCAAGAUUCGGAACGGAACAAGCUUGGAUCUCGGCCCCUAGAUUUGUCUACUUCAUGACAUUUAAAUUCAUUCUGACCUCUGGGAGGGGAGCGGGUGCUGAAUUGGAGACAGCGCCGAUGGUUUGGAACCGGUCACUCGAGGAUCUGGUAUCUGACAGGAUGGGAUACGAACCUGCGGUUCGGGAAUGCGGCAAAGCAGGAACUGUGGCUUUUGUCGGCUU